AUGUCGAGAUCUCGAAGAAGAGGACCAGCCGCUGAUACUAGGUCUGUGAGUACUAGUAGUUUGUCGGUGAGAACUGAAGUAUCGCCGGUUCAAACCGUGGCUCAGACCCUGACUGGUAUGUGUUCUGAUCACGAACUGGAAAUUCUUAAUCUGUAUUGCCGAACAUGUGACCAGUUGGUUUGUACCGACUGCGUUCUCCAGAAGCAUAAGUUACACGACUGGUGCAAAGUCAAAGACAUCGCAGACGACAAGAGAGCCGAUUUAUACAGCAAUACACAGAAAGUUCUAGAAAAAACCCUUCCGAAAUUUGAACAAACUCUCCAAGAUGUUCAACAGAUUUCACGAGAAAACCAAAAGAAGAAAAAAGAAACUCUUCAGAAAAUCGAGGACCAAAGUACAGCCAUCUUGGCGUGCGUUCGGAGGAUAGAACAGAAACUGAAGGAAGCCGUGGAACAAAGUUUCCAGUCGUGUCUAGAAGGUGAACGGGACAUACGCGAGGAUUUCCGGAAUUUAUCUGGACUAUCCAAGGAAUGUGAGAUGGUUUCUCAAAAGGGAAGCGAUACCGAUGCAAUUAUGGUGAACAGUAAGCUUGAGAAGUAUAUACGGCAAGUCACUGAUCUACACAGUGAUUCCUUUAAAUGCGACUCUUCCUUUGAACCAGGGACCAUCGACAAUGAAGAAAUUGAGAAGAUGUUUGGUCGUGUCAAUGUCGUGAGCCGAUCAGGUCGUUCAAACUACGUACCACAAGUCGUCGUCGGCGAGCGGAAGCUGUUAUCCAAAACGACGCUUAAUGAGGACAUCACCUCCAUUUGCUCCCUGGGAAAUCAAAUUUGGCUUCAUCCUCGAGGUUCGACGGAAAAUGUCGUCCUCGAUCACGAAGGAAAUUUUGCAACCGUGAAAAAUUUCGGAGUUGAUGUUUCACACGCCUUUGCAAAGUCCUUGGAUGGAUUUCUCUUAUGUGUGGACCACGUGGGUAAAGCAAUUCUGAAGCUCUCCGGCGACGGAAAGUUUUCAAAGGUUGUCAACACGGCCCCGAUGAAGCCCCUGUCGAUCUGCAUGACCCGGGAAGGUCAGUACCUGGCGUGUUUGGAAGAUUCCCCAAGUAACGGCCACGCCAAGACCAGUCAGAGCCGAGUGUUCAGACUCUCUGUAAGUGGCCGCAUUGUACAGAGCAUCGGAACCAGGCUGUUUAAGUCACCAAAGAAAGUUCUAGAGAACACGAAUUCGGACAUAUGCGUGAUCGACAAGCCGCAAGAUCAGAGCAGUCUGCUCAGCGUUGUGUCGUCUGCUGGCGUCUCCAUGUUCAAGUACACGGCCCUGUCCCCCUCUGACGUAUGUUGUGACCAGUAUUCCAACAUCAUCCUAAUCAGCCACCGUCGCCCCGAUGUCCAGAUUCUGGACCAUAAAGGAGCUCUUCUCCAGACAGUGCUAGCUGUAGACAUAGACAAUACAUUUAGUGCUCUGUGCGUCACUAUAGACAAUGACGCAAUAUGGGUAGCAGGAACAAAUGGCAAUGUCGCAAGGAUAGAAGUAGUCUAUAACUGA